AUGCAAGACUACGUUCAACAAGAAAGUGAAUUUCAAGCUGGUAUUCCGCCACGUCUUGUGUCUGUAUUUUAUUCAAUGUUCGAUCCGGAUAAAGGACCUCAAGUAGUUUUUGAUGUACCAGAAGGUUUCAUUAUUUCCAAAUAUAUUGUUCCAACACCAGCGUUAUGUGGUCAUUUUG